UUAGUUUAGUUAGACUCCUCUACUUUGUAGUACUUUAUUCAGGUAUUGGCCAGCGUUGUUAGACCCUUUCUCUAAAAGCCCACAAGGUGGCGCCACUUCUUUUCAUAAUCACAAUCAUAUUUUUAUCCAAGUGUGUUUUAGCGUACAAGGAAUGUGAUUGUGGUUUUCAUUAGUUCUCAUAUCAUUUACACGCAAUGCCAAUAACACACAACCACAGCACAGACACAAAACGCAGGAAUACCUGUUGGUUCAUGUAAUAAGUCAGUACAGUCGUCAGCGCUGCAGUGAGACGGGCCUGUGCUCCUCAUUAUUACCAGACCUUCACCUGUCAACAGGAGGAACAAAGGUGUGAUUAGUAACAUUAACCAUUCGGGGUCCCAGUGAGACCGUGUGGAUCUACAAUCCAAACAAUGCAAUUAAUAUAAUAAUGUAAAACCUGUGAGUUUCCUGUUGCGAAAUAUCAAAAUGUCAGCUAAGAAAGAUCAGUGCAGACGCCUGUUUCCGAGAAGCAAGUUUACUCUUAUCUGGAUCAUUUUAAUGAGGAUAAACCAGGAAUAGGUUUUUUUUUUCUUUCAUCAGUCAGUGCUGCAGAUUUGAGGAGUUUUACACAGCAGUGUUAUUUCUGAGAUUUUUGUCCUGAUACCAGUGAAUGUGGAGGAAGGGUGGGGAAAACGAGGAGGAGAUAAGGGACUGAGGUUCUGAAGGUUUGACCGUGUUUUUGGGGGGUGGGUGGCUGUAGCUGUUUACAUAUGGGAUUAGUGUAUUGGGAGAGGAUGGAUGGGGAUUUACAGUCAGAACUGCUCCUACAAAAACCAGGAAAUGUGUCUGCGGACUGACUCAGCACACAUGGAUGUUUAUUUAUAAUCAGUUAAUGCAUUGAUUAUAAUGAAACUUUUAGUUAACAAAAUAGAAUUGAAAUUAACAAUAAUAAUUGAAUUUCACAUUAGAAUCAUAAUUCCAUCAUUGCAUACUUUGAGUGUGAGACAGCAGAGGGUUGUGUUCAUGAUCACAUCAGUGCUGAAGCAAGACAGAAAGGUGAUGAACUAAACACACUCACAAACACCCUCAUGGUUCAUUGACCGUGUAUGAUCUGACGGCGUCUUGCAACUGCGACAGAGCGGAGGGCGGCUGAUAAUCAUCUCCUCUCCCCUCUUCAUGCAUGAGAGGGCGACUUGCUUGAAUCGUACAAGACAUGGUGACGCAGACAGAACAAGUUUGUUCACACUCCGUUGAGAGCUCAAACUCUCGCUGCUUGUCCUGAUUUAUCGGAGCAUGGAGCUGGGAGAGGAACUGUUAACCCUCACACAUUACACUCUGCAAACUGUUUGAUUCUCGUUGGCGCUCUUCACUGUUACCAAUAGGUCCUGAUUAUCAAUCAAACCAAAACCAGAGGCCAAAACAAUUCAAGCAAAACGUACAAACAACAGAGUAUCCUGUGAUAGAACCACUAUCAGCACCUGACACCUCGAAAACAGGAAAAACGUUUCAGCAGGAACACAGAUGUGUUGGAGUGUUUAGGGGCGGAGCAUGAACACAGUUAUAAAGCCCCUCUGGACAGAAGUCUUCACUCCGCUGAGAAAGGAGAGGGACUGUCUCCAUCAUGUCGUACUAUGAGCACAUCAAUGUGGACUUCGACUUAAAUGACACAGGUUCAGGUUCAGGUUCUGGCUCUGGUGAGCUAGGGGUGGAUCUGGAGGAGCCAUGUGAGGUGGAACAUGUGAUGACCACUGAGCUUCAGCGGGUCUUCUUGCCGGUGGUCUACGCUCUCAUCUUCAUCCUGGGCAUCACCGGGAACGGCCUGGUCGUCAUCGUGCUGGGCUGCCAGCGCAGGUCAAAAUGCAGCCUCACAGACCGGUACCGCCUUCAUCUCUCAGCUGCCGAUCUCCUCUUCGUACUGGCGCUGCCCUUCUGGGCCGUGGACUCGGCCCUGGCUGACUGGUGCUUUGGAGCGGCCACCUGCGUCGGUGUUCAUGUUAUUUACACAGUCAACCUGUACGGCAGCGUGCUCAUCCUGGCAUUCAUCAGCCUGGACCGCUACCUGGCAGUGGUCCGAGCCACAGACACAAACACCGGCGGGCUGAGGCAGCUGCUGGCACACAGACUGGUGUAUGUAGGUGCCUGGUUGCCUGCUGCCCUGCUGGCAGUGCCGGACUUGAUAUUUGCCAGGACCCAGGAGGGAGGAGAGGGGGCCACCCUGUGCCAGCGAUUCUACCCAGCGGACAAUGCUCCUCUCUGGGUUGCAGUCUUCCACCUCCAGCUGGUCGUGGUGGGUCUGGUGAUCCCAGGCUUGGUCCUGCUGGUGUGUUACUGCGUCAUCGUCACCAGGCUGACCCGGGGCCCACUGGGGGGCCAGAGGCAGAAGCGACGGGCGGUCAGGACCACCAUCGCGCUGGUGCUCUGCUUCUUCUUGUGCUGGCUGCCCUACGGAGCGGGCAUCUCUGUGGACGCUCUGCUGCGCCUGGAGGUCCUGCCCCACAGCUGCAGCCUGGAGGCUGUUCUAGGUGUGUGGCUGGCGGUGGCUGAGCCCAUGGCGUUCGCACACUGCUGCCUGAACCCGCUGCUGUACGCCUUCCUGGGGGCCGGGUUCAAGAAUUCGGCCCGCAGAGCCCUCACCCUGAGCCGUGCCUCCAGCUUGAAGAUUUUACCACGAAGACGAGCUGGGGCCUCCACGACCACAGAGUCCGAAUCCUCUAGUUUACAUUCCAGCUAGUGCUGGCCCGUGCUGUUAACUGUGUGUGUGUGUGUGUGUGUGUGUGUGUGUGUGUGUGUGUGUGUGUGUGUGUGUGUGUGUGUGUGUGUGUGUACACUGUAUAUACUGUAUAUAUUGUAUAUAUUGUAUGUGUGUGUUUGUGUGAGGAAGUUUACACAAAGUAUCUGAGAAAGUAAGGAGCAGUCUGCUGGUCCAUGACUGGUCUUCUCACACACUGUGGGGUUUUCUCUCUAAAUUUUAACAAUUUUAACAUGUUUUCAAUGUUGCUGUUCUUGUCGUAUUUUAUACAUGUUUGUAAUAAAAUGUGAAAACACCACAUCGUUGUGAAAGUGGCU